UCACAGCAAUAGACAAACUCACGCUGGGCUUCAAAGUAGAUCAUCUUCAGCCUCAAUUUUUUUUCUUUUUGAGACAACUUGAUGCUACACCGAUACUCUACACUUUCUCUUGACGGACUCACACUUGUUGUUCGUCACACCUGGGGACAUAAUUUUAUCACGAUGUAGGUCGACAUUUUAUCAAUAUCCAGGUAAACGAACGCCGCACCUCAGCGUGCGCCAAUCAGAUUAACUUUUCAGCUGGAGUCAAAUUAAAAGAUACAGAUAACCGCAACUCCAUUCACAACACAUAACAGUAAGGUGAAUCGAAAGGUUCUAAAACAAUAACAUGACACAAAAGCCAAAUGUUUCUUUUAUAAAGUGGAUACUGCCCUAUGUUUUACGACUGUGCACCGGGCACCUGGCUAAAGCUGUGUUUCUGAUGUUGGUGAUUGGAAUGCUGCUCUACUGCUUUCAGGAACAGAUGGUGGUCAGUGUUUUAGCCAUCAACGGAAUCUUUCAACAGAACUCCACGAAAUCUGAAUUCGUUUUGCAUGAUGAUCGACUAUAUGAUGACGUUCUGCCGACAUUUUUUGAGAACCACAGUGAAAUUAACUUUCAGAUUCUUCAUUCCAAUGUCAGCGUAAACAUCUCAAAAUUUGACGAAUUGUCUACCGUUCGCCUCGAUAAUGAAACUAUUACGUCAUUUCAAAUCGUUAAGACAACAGCGACACCUACCGACGAGAGCGUGUCGUCCACUGCUUGCGUUUUCCCGCAUAUUAACCCUUUCGAUCCGGAAAUCAUGAAAAUGGCGGGGUUAGACCGUAAAACAGUUCAAUGCAAGAGCAACAUGGCGGAUCUUACCUACUACGACGGGAGCUCGCUAGUGGUUAAUACAACUUUAGUAAGUGAAAAACACGGGCACGUUAAGGCUCAGUGCAAAUAUCAAAACAUCUGGAGGCAAGAUAAUGACGACAAGGCUUUACACUUCAGUAAUUUCUCCGCUGCCUUCACCGACUCCUUAAAGCUUCCCCCAGACGCCGAAUUCAUUUUGGUCGUCUGCGAAGGCGAUUUGAACGCUGAGCCCAACAACGACACAUCGUCGGACGCUACGACGACCCCGACACCCCCAGAACGUCUGUCCAUUUUAUCUCGGACGUAUUAUUCGCUGGUACCCAGGCACGAGAAGUUAGAAAAAGUCGAGGCUUUGCUGCUGAACAAGAGAAAAGCCGAGGCCAACCCUAAAGAGACCAUGAACGUCCUGAUGGUAGGUUUCGAUGGAGUUCCAAGGCACCAGUUCCUUAGAGCCAUGAACAAGACCUACGGGCUUUUAAUGAAAGAUUUCAACUCGUUCGACAUGUCCAUGUACACCCAGGUUGGUCUCAACACUUUUCCAAAUUUUAUGGCCCUGUUGAAUGGCCAACUCGAAGAGGAAGUAAACGCUUGGUGGGACUAUAAAAAAUACACCGACGGCUUCGAUUUGGUGUGGAAAGAUUUCCAACGAGCUGGUUACCGAACUUUGUUCACAGAAGAUUGCCCCUCCAUAGGCGCUUUCCAUUACGAGAAGAUCGGAUUUUUGAAUCCUCCCACAAUUCAUUGCAGUCGAGCUCUUUCCGUCGCUAUUGAAAGAGAUAAGGAAAUUUGCAACGCUGGGCAACACUGUGUAGGUAAUCAGCCUGAGAUAAGCUUUCAUUUCGAUUACAUAAAGCGCUUCUUUGAAACGUUUCCAGAGAAACCUUUGUACGCCAUGUCUUUCUUCACGAAGGCGACACACGAUGAUAUGACAAACCUAAAAAUGGCAGACGAUCUCGUGUACGACUUUUAUAACCAGAUGAACACUUCCGGUUUCCUCAACAACACGCUGUUGAUAACAUUCUCUGACCACGGUCAGAGAUGGGGCUCCAUCAGGUCAACUUUCAACGGCGUCAUCGAAAGCAGGACGCCCUACGCCAUUUUCACCCUCCCGUCCUGGUUUCUGGAGAAAUACCCGGAUGCAGCGAAAAAUCUCAAGAUUAACAGUGGUCGAUUGACAACACAUUUCGAUUCUCACGCGACUCUUCAAGAUCUACUAUAUUUCCACUCGAGCGGAGACAUUCCUUUACGUAAACCAAAACACGGGAUCAGUUUAUUUAAAGAGAUUCCCAAAAAUAGAACUUGCAGCGAUAUUCCAAUUCCGGCCGAUUUUUGUGUUUGCGGACAACAGGCUAUGAAUUCUGUAGAUGUCGAUUCGGACGCAUCCAAACUUCUAGCUAAAAAGGUUAUUGAAUCUAUAAAUGACAAAAGAGAUUCAGACUUGUGCCACGAGUUAAAACUUGAUAAAAUUUUGGAAAUUAUCUUCAUGAAAUUUCCGGAUAACAUUCUGAAAGAAAAGCUCGAUAAGUCUCUGUUUAAAGUGAGAAUACAAACGAAGCCUGGAUUGGCUAUUUACGAGGCGACUGUCAACGCUGUCGUCAAUGACUUGUCCAUGAUGGGUUCGAUCAUGAACUGGUUAGGCUUGUCCCAAAAUAAACUGUCCAACAUCGACGUUGGACAUUCCAUCGACAGGCUGAACUUGUACAAGGGACAGGCAGACUGUGUUAGAGACGCAAGGCAGAAGCCAUUCUGUUUUUGUAAAGAUAUACACACGACGUAGCACUUGUUGACAUCUAGUUUAUUUUAAUAGGACCAAUGACAAAUCGAACAGGGGAGCGAGACGGAUACACAACUAAGACACAAGAAACAAGACAGAAGACUAUUGUG